AUGAUCCAAGAAGAAUUCAUAUUCGAGAUAGCCCAUCGUUUCUGUAUCUUUCAGUUAAUUUAUGUAUGUCUUUUCAGCAUUCGUUGGCGUGGUUUCGUGGACACGACGGACGAUGAAGUCCGUUUUCGAUAUUUCAUUGGAUACUUUCUGAGUUCCGAGCAGGGGCAGCGUCUAAUCAUAGAUAGAUGGGAGUCUUUUCUCAAUCCGCGAUGCUGUGUUAUCAAAGCGGAACAUAAGGGUACAACACGCAGGGCAAAUCACGUAGAUCUUUUCGGGUACUUUGCCGGGCACAAAGUCUUGUCAGAAGGAUGGUUACAGUACGAUGAUGAGAAUCAGAUUCUUCUCCGACUUCAUGGGAAUGCUCUUAAGUUUUAUAAGUCUGCAAAAGAGCGAAAGAACUGUACAGUUAGGAUCAAUCCCAUGGAUGUUCGUCAACGUUUGAGAAGCGGUGCUCACAUAAGUUUUAGUUAUGGUGUGGAUGAAGAGGACGAUGAAGACGAUGCUAAUGCACUUCCUUAUCCUAGCCAUUCUUCAAUCUCUGUUGCGGUUCUUUCCGACAAAAAUCCCAAAUUCAGACCUCAGCCAGAUGUUGGAAUAACUUUUAACAACAACAAAGAUUACGUCGUUUACAAAACGCACUCCGUUGCUGUGGAAUUUCUCGUACAAAUAACGCUUGCGUCCUUUUUUCAAGAACUUUACCAUUUCAGUGGCAGAAUUAGGCUAAAGUUGCAUUCUUUAAUCACAGCACAAGCACUCUUAGGAUAUCAUUUUUUGCGCGCACACUUGAAGUUACCAGUAGCUGAGUUUUUCCGGAAGACAACGUCCGUUAAUACACAGAAGGAUAGAAAGCACUUCACGCGAAAUCAAUUUGAGUCUUAUGAUGAUGCAAGAGAUGAUGUCAUUAGGCAUGCUUUAGCGAUGGCUUGGACUUGUAUCAUACAUUUACCAGCCUUAGGCUAUGAUUAG